UUGUGGUGACUCUUCCAGCGCGCAGAUGUCGUGUCUGUCUCUUUAAAAAAACACAGUCUCCUGGAGGCUGGCGAGGAUUUGUUGCGGAUAGCUGGGAGUGCGCAGCUCCGCUCGGCAUGUGCGGAGCUUCACAUUCGCUCCAACCGACGCCGCAACCUGCGACUGGGGCCGGUUCAGAGCGCAGAGAGGAGCGCAACUGUUUUAUUCAUGAGCGCAGGAUAAAUAUAGUUAAAGCUCCUUCUUUUUGGGCUUCGGCAAACAGUAGCGGGACAUCUCCGAAAGAUGUUUGUGUGUGACCAAGAAGAAGAAGAAGUGAUGCCGCUGAGUUUUGUUAUUAGGUUUCUCCGGGGCGGUGCUGAUGCUGAUGCUGCUCAUCCUGCUGCUACUGCUGCUGUCAUGGGUUGCUGGGAGUGACAUCAAAGUUUUUUACGCGCUUGAAAUAAUCCAGCUGAGGCUCCGUCUCCAAACUGCUUCAGUUUAUUUCUGCUUUUUCAGUCGAUUUGAUGACUGGAGGAUCGCUUUUUUUUCCUUCUCAAACUGAGAAUCUGAGUGGACUGUGAAGGGAAGAGGCUGAAAGACUCCAGGAGGAUUUGGCACCGGGAGAGGCGAGGAGAUGAACUUUGGAAAUUUACUAGUUGUGACUAUCUCAUUCAUCAGCAUCGCCUCAGGGUCCCGGGCUCGGUUUGAAGACAGCGCACCUCGGAUUGUGGAGGACCCCUCGGAUCUGGUCGUCUCCAAGGGGGAGCCUGCCACCCUCAACUGCAAGGCAGAAGGCCGACCCACUCCCAGCAUCGAGUGGUACAAAGAUGGCGAGCGAGUGGAAACCGACAAGGACGACCCCCGUUCUCACCGGAUGCUCCUGCCCAGCGGCUCCCUCUUCUUCCUGCGCAUCGUGCACGGCCGACGCAGCAAACCAGACGAGGGCGUCUACACCUGUGUGGCCCGCAACUACCUGGGAGAGGCCAUUAGUCGCAACGCUUCGCUGGAAGUUGCCAUCCUGAGAGAUGAUUUCCGACAGGCCCCCAGUGACGUGGUGGUGGCUGCUGGGGAGCCUGCCGUGCUGGAGUGUGUUCCUCCACGUGGUCACCCUGAACCCACCGUGUCCUGGAAACGCAACAACGCCCGAGUCAGCACCAAGGAUGACCGCAUCUCUAUGCGUGGGGGCAAACUGAUGAUCUCUCACACCAGGAAGAGCGAUGCUGGCAUGUACGUUUGUGUGGGCACUAAUAUGGUUGGAGAGAGGGACAGCGAUCCUGCAGAGCUGGUGGUGUACGAGCGCCCGGUGUUGGUGCGGCGUCCGGUGAACCAGGUGGUCAUGGAGGAGGAGACCGUGGACUUCCUGUGCGAGGUUCACGGGGAUCCGGCUCCCACUGUGCGAUGGCGGCGAGAGGAAGGAGAGCUUCCCCGCGGGAGGUUUGAAAUCCGCAACGGCAACAGCCUGCGUUUGUUCCGCGUGAAAGAGCAGGAUGAAGGGACGUAUACCUGCACAUCUGAGAACAGUGUGGGCAAGACAGAGGCCUCAGCCAUGCUGCAGGUCCACGUUCCACCUCAGAUUGCUUCAAAGCCCAGAGACCAGAUCGCCACCCAGGGGAGGAGCAUCACCUUCCAGUGCGGCACCACAGGAAACCCUCCACCUGCUAUCUUCUGGCAGAAAGAGGGCAGCCAGAUGCUGCUGUUCCCCGGCCAGCCUCCAUCUCAGUCCGGCCGUUACUCCGUCUCCAUGAGUGGAGAGCUGACCAUCACCGACGUCCACCCCGAGGACUCCGGCUUCUACAUCUGCCAGGCCAUCAGCGUGGCAGGAAGUGUCCUCACCAAGGCGCUGCUGGAGGUGGAAGGAGGUCCUUCUGGUCGCGUCCCGCCGAUCAUUCGCCAAGGUCCAGCCAAUCAGACGGUGUCUCGGGGUGCGACAGCACAGCUGCACUGCCGCGUAAUUGGAGGCACCUCAGUCAAGAUAUCGUGGGAGAAGGACGGAGACACAAUUCAAGGAAACAAACCCCGACUGACCUUGAUGGAGAAUGGCACGUUGCAAAUCACAGACGUGAAGGACACGGACUCGGGGAUGUACACGUGUGUGGUUUCCAGCACCACAGGGGAGUCGAGUUGGAGUGGGAUGUUGACUGUCAGAGAAGAUGGAGCUUCUUCAGGAUCCAGAGUUUCUGAGUUCAUCCAGCUUCCAGGACCUCCGCAGAAACCCGUGGUGACCGAGGUGACCAAAAACACAGUCACGCUAACCUGGCAGUCCAAUCCUCACGAAGGAGGCGCCGCUGUCACCUCCUACAUUAUUGAGGCCUUCAGCCAGUCAGUGGGGAGUACGUGGCAAACUGUGGCCGACCACGUGAAGCACGAGAGGCACACGGUGGUCGGACUCUUCCCCAACACAGUGUAUCUCUUCAUCGUCCGAGCGGUCAACUCUUACGGCCUCAGUGACCCCAGUCCAAUCUCCGAGCCCGUCAGGACGCAGGAUGGGAGUCCGACCGAACAGGGUGUGGACCACAGACAGGUGCAGAGGGAGCUGGGUGAGGUGUCCGUCUACCUGCAGAAGCCCGUGGUUCUGUCUCCUACCAGCGCCAGGAUUUCUUGGACUGUUGCUCGUCAGUCCAGGUAUGUUCAAGGUUACCGUAUAUUUUACCGGACCAUUGGCAACUCCUGGUUAGUCCAAGAUGUGGAGGCCACGUCUGACUACAGCAGCAUCUUAGUAGAUCUGCACAGCAAUACCGAGUAUGAGGUGAAGAUACGACCGUACUUCAAUGAGCUACAAGGACACGACAGCCUCAUGGUUCUGCUGCGGACCCCUGAGGAGGUUCUGAGUGCUCCUCCGCAGGCGGUUUCUGUGGUGCAGCUCACCAACAGCUCCAGCAUCAGUGUUUCCUGGGAGCCGCCGCCUCAUAACACUCAGAGCGGCAUCAUCCGAGAGUACAAGGUCUGGUGUCUGGGCGGCAGCGUGGAGCAGGAGAGCCAGAUCAACCGAACGGUGGACGGAGCAGUUCUGUCCAUCCUGCUGACAGGCCUGCUGCCCGACGUCCGCUACACCAUCGCAGUGGCUGCUGUCACCAGCCUGGGUGUGGGCGCUCAAAGCCCGCCUGUCAGCCUGCUCCUCACUCCGCCACUGGACAACACUUCGACGGCCGUGAAGAAAGGCAGCGACCUCAGCAUCGCCCAGCAGAUCGCAAAUGUCAUCCGCCAGCCGGCCUUCAUCGCAGGCCUCGGUGUGGCCGCUUGGCUGGUUCUCAUGGGCUUCAGCGGGUGGCUUUACUGUCGCCAUCGCAGGAGGAAGCAGCUGGGACACUAUACCACAUCUUUCGCUUACACGCCAGCAGUUGGCUUUGCUCACAGCGAAGGAUCAGGAAUCAUCAACGGAGGGCCUAGUUUUUUGGGAUCAAAUAUGGGCAACUACCCCUGGCUGGCCGACUCCUGGCCAACUCCAAACCUCACUCACAGCAAAGACUCAGUCAACUGCUGCUCAGGAAAGCUGGACUCAGAGCGGUAUUAUAACUCUAUUGGGAUCAUCAACUACCCGAACCAGACGGAGAAACGCAGCACGGCAUCCAACGACAGCCCCAUCUACAGCACCAUCAACACCACCGCCGAGGACGACCUGCUGGCGUAUUACGACACCUACUCCUGUACGUCUUACAACCAGGGUCCCGACCCAUACAGCAGCAACCCAGUUCUGGCAAACAGCGCGCUGGUGGGUCUAGAGAAGGACCUGGACCAGUGGACCAUCCAGUCUGGCCAGUCUGGAUCUGAAUAUGCCAAACUCCAGUACACCAAGAAAAACAACGACAAAAUUGUUAAGCAGAAGUCUACCGGGUCCUCGUCCAAGUCCACUCCACUCACCUGGGUGGACGUUUUGUCGCUGCCUCUUCCUGCCAACAAAGACAGAUGCCACGCAAAAGCCAACAAAGAAGAGGCGCAACACAGCUCUGAGGAGGAAGAUGACGACUGGUGUCCUCCACUGCCGGCCAGAACCUAUCUGAUGGACGCUUCGAAGGAAGAGCUCUCCAUCCUGCCUCCCAAGCUGGAGGAUCUUUCCUACACAGCAACGCUCAUGUCUUACCCCCAGCGAGACGCCACCAAACCCACCGACAGUCCUCGGCUGCAGCACUUCGACCUCUUGGCCCGUCACCACUCCCAGGUCUCCCAGUCCAACCCUGAUCUGUUUACCAACACCAAGGCCCGGGACGCCAGCGAGGUGUACCACACCAGCCAGUGGGCAGAUGAUUUCAAGGGGGAAAGCCUCGGCAAAGGACAAUCUGCUUCAGCUGCAGAGUCGAGCCCCACAGCUCAGACACACAGAUCCAGGAGUAAGAAGAAAACGCCCAAGGACGGACAGAGCAGGCGAGAGCUGCAUGGCGAAGCAGAUGAAGCAGCAGCAGCAAGCGAGAUGCAACAGCAUCCUCUGUGUCCAUCCAAGUUCAGCUGCGGGGUCCCUCAUGGCAGCAGUAGCAACAGGCUAAUUAGCAUGCAUGGUCCUCCAGUGAAGUCCUCAGCUCUCCCGAUCCUCCUCAGUCAAAGUGGCAGUUGGUGUUGAUAACUGAUUGUCUCUGAUAGCAAUGCGUGCUUAAAUGUCCACAUUUGAGUCCACUAGACUUUCUCAAGCUAAUAACAAAACAAUAACCGCGGCUAACGGCUAGCCUUGCUGCACUUCACUUUGAACUUCAGUAGAGUGAGACGCUAAACUACAGGUUUCAUAAGACAGAAAUCCGUUAAAUAUUAGUUAUACCAAUACUUUAAAAGUAUCCAGGUCUACAACUUUUAAUCACCUCGACAUUAAACUUGGUUUUCUGUGAUGGUCCUCUGCUGUUCUCUUUAACCGUGUGUGUACUCUCCUCUCACUCUCUUUCUCCAAUGUCGCUCUCACUCACGUGUGGUGCCGUUUUUCUCUCCCUUUUUUUCCCACUCGCCAACAAAACGUGUUCUGAUUGGCUAAGAGUGCAGCUUUAUCGACAACCCUAUUGGUUUAAAAUACAUCACUCAAACGCCUUAAAAACACAUUGACAGAGUAAACACAACAUUAUACAUGAAAAGAAUCAUGGGCAACGUAGUUUUCACCAGUUACACUCAUACAUAUUGUAAAACACAUUUCUUUUAAUUAUCUGCAUUUUGCAGGUUGUUACAUGUGUAAUAGACAAAUUAACAGUCUCCACUUAUUUUAGCAUCAGCUGGAAAGCAAAAACACACUAAAAACAUUUUUUUUAUUUAACUGUAAAUAAAUUCAGGCGUUGAAAAGUUAAAAAGUAAACACAACCAAUCACAACAGCGGUACUGGAUAUAGUGUGGACACAUAGAUGCUAAUCCCUCCCACAGAUAUUAGACAUAUGAUAUGUAAAAUUGUGAGUAUUUUGGGAUAACAUGUCAAAAUUCAAGGAAGAUCCUCGAACAUAAAACAUCUAAAAAUACUAGGGUAUUGUCCUUUGGUGAAAGAAAGAGGUUGUUAUUACGAAAAAAGAUUGAUAUCUGCAUAAAACAUUACUCAUACUAAAUAGAAAAGGCAAUUACAAAAACUAAUGAGUUAAAUCUGAAUCCUAAACCUUAAAACAAUGGCUGAGCAUAGUGAGGGAAAUAUUUGUGACGGAGAAGACGCUC